GUAUCGCCUAUAUAAGACCCUCUCUUACCAACCAAUAUUAGAGUGAACAACUUACUUUUACUCUAUGCUCAAAAUGAAGUGGAUCUUGAUAAUCGCUGUUCUUGUUGGCUCAAGUUUGGCUUCAAAUCCUGAAGAAAAUGAGAAUAUCAACGAUCCAGAUCUUUUUGAGGGAGAUAUGUUACUCACUCCUGAACAGAGGCAGGCUGCUCUGAACGGAGGUGACGUUGAUGCGGCUGUUGCACGUGGUUCGGUGAUAGGAAGACAGUGGCCAGGAGGUCUAAUGCCUUAUGAGAUUGAUGACUAUCUAGCCAAUAAUCAGCGAGCAAUGCAAAUGAUUGACGCGGGAAUGAGGGAAUGGACAACUAAAACCUGCAUCCGGUUCAAGAAGCGAACCAACGAGCAAGACUACGUGUUUUUCAAGUUCAACCCAGGGUGUCGUUCGUACGUUGGGAGGAGAGGUGGAAGACAAGAUAUAACAUUAUCUACGGGAUGCUGGAGAGUGGGAACUGUAGCACAUGAGAUUGGGCAUGCUCUAGGUUUCUAUCACGAACAGUCGAGACCUGACCGUGACAACUACGUCACUAUUCUAUGGGACAACAUUAAAGAACGAAACAAGCAUAAUUUCAAUAAGUACACCAGGUCAAGGAUCGAUUCUCUUGGAACUCCAUAUGACUAUGGAUCGGUGAUGCACUACAGAAAGACAUCGUUCAGCAAGAAUGGCAAUCCAACCAUUCAUGUAAAGCAAUCAGGGGUUUCAAUCGGUCAGCGAAAUGGCAUUAGCAGCAUGGACGCAAAGCAGAUGAAUCUUCUGUACAAGUGUAGCGGAGGAGGAGGAGGAGGAGGGUCUGUCACUCGCCCUCCAGUAGUGACAACACAACGACCACUUCAUACACAACCACCGCCACCAGGUGGUUGCCGUGACGACAACGCAGCAUGUCCUGGGUGGAUCAGUCUCUGUAGCUCACACUCAACCGUGAAGGCUCUGUGCAAAAAGACAUGUAAAGUCUGCUAAUAAUGGAUAUAAUACAACUUGCAACAAUCAAAAGAGAAAAACAGACGAAAAUGUUCUUAGCGAAAUCCAGAAAUCCAUGUGUAAGAAUUAAAAUCAGCAAAUAAAUGUUCUCAAUCAACAAAA